AUGGAAGACGCAACUGCCGCUUUUGACGAAGCCUUGGACCUGCUAAAGGGAGCUUGGGACUCCGCAGUCGAAAAUGGAGGGGACAAAGGUGCGUUGGAAGAAGAAAGGGAUGAAUUGGCGACGAAACUUUCUGACAUGACUCGAGCUGAAGAAGUGAUCCGCGAGAAAAUCUCCGAAAAGCAAGCUGAGCAAGAGGCAAAGCAAGCUGAAAUGGAGGAAUUUCAGGAAAUCAAGGGAAAACUAGAAGAAAUUAUCGAGCGACUGGGACUCGAAAAUGAAGAAAUUCAAGCAAUCAAAGAAAAAAUCGAAGAAGAAUGCGAAGCAAUUGGCGCUGAAAACGCAAGCUUAGCGGCAAUCAUCGAAGCCGCAGAAGGCAAAGCCGCCGAACGAGACGCACUCAACGAGCAAAAAGAAGAGCUUGAUAUUCAAAAGACAGAGCUUCAAUCAAAAAUCGAUGCUGCUCAGGCUACAAACGACAAGCUUGGCAAAAAAAUGAAGAAAAUCAUCAAGAAAAAGAAGAAGCUCGAACUUGCUCUCGAAAUUAUAGGCUCUGAUUCUGACUAG